GACACCCUUUGAAUGGUGUAGGAGUAGGAAUGGAUUUCCAGAGGGGGGGAAAUUGCAGACUAGAGGAACCAGGAGCGCCACUCAGGUCACCCUGAGGACACAGAUAAAUCUCCAAGUGGCCUCAACGACUCUUUAAAAAGGAUGCAAAUGACCAGCUGUCUGCAAGGAGUAUAUAUCCUUCCAUUCCCCACCAUCCAGUCAGAACUGAAGAAGCUUCUUGGAUGAGAAGCAAAAUGUCUUCAAAGAAAAAAACAAAGUCCAGCUACCUCCCGAAAAAGCACCUAUGACGCAACCAUGACUUGGAUGACCGAGAAUCUCCAUACGGGUCCCCUGCUGUUUCACACAAGAGACGAGACUGUUUCUUGCUUUUCUGCCAUGUAUUUAGGAUAAAGUUCAUAAGCUGAGCUGCUUUCAAGAGAUAUGGAAGCUCCUGUCCCAUUGCUAGGGUCAGAAGAAAUGAGAAGUGAGCGUGAUGGUGAGGAGAAAGAGGCCCACGUAUCCUUUGCCAAAUAUUAUGGGCUGUUCUUCAGAAGCUCCUGCCAAUCCCAAAGUGCAGAAUUCACGGCAUGGUCUUCUGUGUCUUUCAAGAUCCUCGGAUUUAAAAUGAAUGGUGCUUCAAAAAAGAUUCUAAAGCCUGUAAAUCACUUUUGACCCGAUGAUCGGAACCUGGGUGUACUUUGGACUGAUUAGAACACGACGUGACUUUUCUACCUUCGCUUAGAAAGCAAUAUUUGAAAAGGAAGAAGCACCAUCCAGAAAGGGAUGUAGCAUUUAGGGAGGACCCAACCCCCCUUUUCACUUUCAUCUCUUUAUCACCUGGAUCGUACAGGGAGCACCUUAACCCCUUCCUAGCUUCGGAUGAAGGUCCGAAAGAUUUUGAUUCCCUACACUAAGAGCAGGUGCAGUCGGUGGCCAGGUGGUAUUUCCUUAUCAGUCUCGUUAAUCAUCUACCUGCCUCUCAUUUCUCGACCAGCCGUUUCCUGUUUUGAAUCAGAAACCACUGGCAGUGAAAGGCUACAAUCCAGAGAAUACAGCUUGACACCCAGGGCGGGCUGCUUCGCCUCUUCCCUUGGGCGAACACUCCUCAAAGUGAUGUCAUCGACUCUGCAUUUUUCCGUGAGGAAACUCAGCAUGGAAAGCUUGGCGGGGAGGGUUGCUAGCGGGAUCCGCAGCCCUUCCUGCUGCUUCUUCAUUUCUCUGGCCUGUCCCAGAUUUGGCCAAAAGUUGAGAGCUUCAAGGAAACUCCUUAAAGCAAUGGGAGAGCUCCACCCUCCACUGAGACCUUCAACCAUCCCUCCAACUGGGCGUUCCUGCACUUUGGGACGGUGCCUAGAUUAACACCGUGCUGCACCCACGCAGCCUUUCUGAUCGGCUUCUCGACACGCUUCGCUGGAUCUCUAGUCUUUCCUGUGGGCUGUUUUGCUCGGCUGGCAUCGGGGUCACCAUGCCAGCCCUUCGGUUCAAUGGCCGCUCCCUGAUUUCUCCCCUGGGGAUCGUUCGGCUGUUGGAGAUAUUCUUCUCCUGCACUGCUUUCAGCCUGGCAGCAGUCUAUCAAAGCUACGGCGGAAACUAUGGGGCUUGGUCGAUGUUUACGUGGUGUUUCUGCUUCAUCGUUUCUGUCUUCGUGGUGACUAUGGAGCUGAUCAGCCUGAAUGCAGCCCUGCCUCUUUCCUGGCAGGACUUCACUUCUGCCUUCUCCAUGCUGGCCACUCUGAUGAUCUUCACAACUUCCAUUGUCUACCCAGCAACCUUCCUACCUUCCUGCAAGGGCAACAAGUGUGGUUAUGAAAUUGGGGCAACUGUCAUGUCUUCCCUCUGCUUCAUUGCCUAUGCAGUAGAAGUAGGACUCACCAGGGCCAAAGCAGGGGAGCUCAGCAACUUCCUGACUACCAUCCCUGGCCUCCUGAAGGUAUUUGAGGCCUACGUCGCUUGUCUCAUCUUCUCCUUGCUGGACAAAAUUUCCUAUUACAGGGCAUUUCCUGGUCUGGAAUGGUGUGUGGCUGUCUACAGUAUCUGCUUCAUUUUGACCAUGGUGAUCAUCAUUCUCACCAUUGGACGCUGCCUUGGUUCCUUGCCCAUCCCUGUGGAGAAGACUCUCGUUGCGUACAACAUCUUGGCUGUUCUCAUGUAUCUUACAGUGGUCGUCGUGUGGCCUUUAUACAGCUUUCGGGACAAUCCAAGACCUCCGUGUAAUAGUCCUCACGAUGCCCCCUGUGCCGCUUGGGACAAUCAGCUGGGAAUUACCUUCCUCUCUUUCUUCAACCUCAUUGCCUACAUUGUGGACUUCGCCUAUUCUUACAAAAUGGUUUUUGUGACCACACCGGCAUAGACAGCUCUUGUACUCAUCUCACCCACCCCAAGCAUGUACGUGUGGAAACCAUAUUGGCUUAUGCUGCCAGACAUGUUGAGAUCUAAGAAGCACAGCUCCAGGAGUAGCAGAAGUUGUAGAUAUCUGAGGUGAUGGCGGUGAUGGUACUUCUAAUUUUAUACUUACGUGAUUUAAAUUUUGGACUGUUUUAUUUUAUACUUGCGGUUAUGUUGGAUGGACCGAUUUCAUUUCCUAAAGGAGUUGACCUUAUCUUCAUUCAUUACAAGACCUCUGUGAAUUACACCCUGGUUAGAUGCGAGCCCUUCGGGGGUGAUUGAUCCAGGGCCUAAAAAUGAUUUUGGAGAAACCAGCAGGCUGUAGUCUUUCCAGCUUCUGUUUUACAUUCUAGUUGUGAGAAGUGAAAAGAUUAUGAGCAAAGAAGGAAAAUCAGGAGUGUGAGGAGGAAGCUGAGUCCUCCACAGAAAGAAGACAACUUUAAUCAUCGCACUGAGCUGAAGACACAAUUUUUUUCUUCAGAUGUGUUCUGCAGGAAUGUUUUAUUUGCCUUUCAACAGAAUAUCUUGUUCAAGUUAGAUGAAAUAUGAGAUAUCACUGCAGAAUAUGGAGUGGGGGUGGGGGAUUAUAUUGCUGUACCAAGCAGUCAGCUAAAACAUGGCUUGUUGGAUUAUGGAUUGUUGAAUAAACCACAGCUGGCAAUAAAAAGGA